CUCCAGUGUCUUUUUCCCCACUUGGGGCCCAACCCAGAAGGACAUUUCUUCCAACAGUAAAAAGUGAUCGCUGGUAAAGGACAAAAACAACUUUCUAAAGCAUGAUAAAUAGCAUGUCAGAUUAAAGAUGCUUUCCAAACUUGACCCCAAGGACUUAUACGGGUCCGAGUGUAUAUUGGCAACAAAGGAAAGUGCUUCCUCGAUUUCCCAGUAAAGCCUAAAGUAAUGGUGACCAUCCAUUAAGUAUUAAUUACAUCAAGUCCUUCUUAUUGUCCAAGUCUAGAAAAAGUCCUCCGGUGGCUUCCAAGCGAUAAAACAUCUUCCUACUAUGCGUCUCUGAAAAAUGUCCGGAACACCGAACGGGAAUUUCCAGAGCUCUCUCCACAUAACCCUGAUUGACAGGAAAACCCGCGAGCACGCGCAGAAAAUGUUUAGCUAGUUCUCGUGUUGUUUCCCCUCCCCUCAUUGUUACGGCUACCAAAGGCAAAAGUAUCCCUUCCUUCCAUUUCCUCGCCGGUGACGUUCGUUCUUCCCUCGCUACGGGCUGCCUUUGCGCAUGCGCAGCCGUUCUGCGGGCGGCGGAGGCUCACUGCGGAGGGGGAGGGGGAACAGAACGUUACGCCACGCCACACGACGGGACAGGACCGAACGUAGAAGGCGGGGUCACGAACUCUGACCUCCUAGAUCCGGAGCCGCCACCGACAAAUUAAACCCCGGAGAGCUACAGCUGCGCCUGACAGGAGUCUCCAAAUAAUGAUUAUGACUACAGGAACUGAAGUAUAACAUACUUAUGAAAGUCAGUGGGGAGGCGGACAGGAAAGAUUGCAUGCUGCAGUUGCCUGCCAAGAAGAUUUCUUCUUAUCUCUGGGACUGGUUGAAAGAGCUGCCUGCCAAGGGGAGCUGAAUUCCUUCACUGGACUCCAGAAAUGGAUCCUGGAUGCUGGAACUCCAAGUUCCGUUCCUGUGACCUGGCAAAGACGUUUUCUUUAUGCACAGAAGGAAGCUGACUUUCACUACGUUGCAAAAACGGAAGUCAAAUCUUAAAGUUCUAUUCCAUGCUUGGAGGGAAGCCAAAAUACUCUGGCAGGCUGCUCUUUCACUCAGUCCACUUAACCACCCUGGAUCACUUAAUGACCUCAACCAGGAGUGCCAGCAUUACGGUUGUUGAGCAAAUAAUUCAUGGAAUACUGAUGAUUCAGAAUCAUGGCAACUAUUGAGGAAUUGGCCCAUCAAAUUAUGGAACAACAAAUGGGGGAGAUCACACAGUCCCAAGGAUCUGUUACACAGACAUUAAUGGACGGAACACCACAAAGAAUUCAGAUUGUUCCUGCUGAUGUAGGACUUUCCUUACCACAGCGGAUACAGAUUGUUACAGAUCAACAGACAGGGCAGAAAAUUCAGAUUGUGACAGCACUCGAUCAGACUGCAACAAGCAAGCAGUUCAUUUUAACAAAUCAUGAUGGUUCUACCCCAAGUAAAGUGAUCCUUGCAAGACAAGAUGCUACACCAGGAAAGGUUUUUCUGACAACUCCCGAUGCUGCAGGAGGCCAACUGUUUUUUACAUCCCCGGAUAUAUCGGCACAGCACUUUCAGAUUUUGACAGACAAUUCUUCAACAGAUCAAAACCUAAAUAAAGUAUUUGAUCUAUGUGUUGUUUGUGGAGACAAGGCUUCAGGACGCCAUUAUGGAGCAGUGACCUGUGAAGGUUGCAAAGGAUUCUUUAAAAGAAGUAUACGGAAGAAUUUAGUGUAUUCAUGUCGGGGAACAAGAGACUGUGUGAUUAACAAGCAUCAUAGAAACAGAUGUCAAUACUGUAGGUUGCAGAGAUGUAUUGCAUUUGGAAUGAAACAAGAGUCUGUACAGUGUGAAAGAAAACCUGUUGAAGCAUCACGAGAAAAAUCUUCAAAUUGUGCAGCUUCUACAGAAAAGAUUUAUAUUCGAAAAGAUUUGCGAAGCCCACUUACAGCAACUCCCACUUUUGUAACAGAUAGCGAAACAGCAAGAUCAACAGGCAUGUUGGAGUCUGGAAUGUUUGUUAAUAUUCAUCAGUCUGGAUUAAAGACUGAACCUGCAGUACUGAUGACUGCAGAUAAGGUUGAAACAUGUCAAGGAGAUUUAAGUACUUUAGCCAAUGUUGUAACUUCAUUAGCAAAUCUAAGUAAGUCCAAAGAUAUAUCUCAAAAUAGUGAGGAUCUGUCAAUGAUAGAAAACCUAAGCAAUGGAGAUACAUCAUUAUCAGAGCUUCAGCAAGAUGAACAUGCAAGUGCUGAUGUUACAAGGGCGUUUGAUACUCUUGCAAAAGCAUUAAACCCAGGAGAAAGUACACCAUGUCCGAGUUCUGCAGAAAGUAUGGAAGCAAGUGCACAUCUAGCUGGAGAAGAAGCAAGCAUGAAUAUUGUUGAAAUAGAAGGCCCACUAAUUACUGAUGCUCAUGUAGCUUUCCGGCUCACCAUGCCUUCACCUAUGCCUGAAUAUUUGAAUGUUCAUUAUAUUUGUGAAUCGGCAUCCAGAUUGCUUUUCUUAUCUAUGCACUGGUCCCGUUCUAUUCCUUCCUUUCAAGCUUUAGGGCAGGAUAAUAACAUAUCAUUAAUAAAAGCCUGCUGGAAUGAACUUUUUACACUUGGUCUGGCACAGUGUUCACAAGUAAUGAAUGUAGCAACAAUCUUAACUGCAUUUGUUAAUCAUCUUCACAAUAGUUUACAACAAGAUAAGUUGUCAGCAGAUAGAGGAAAACUAGUGAUGGAGCAUAUCUUCAAACUUCAGGAGUUCUGCAACAGCAUGGUGAAGCUUUGUCUUGAUGGUUAUGAAUAUGCUUAUUUGAAAGCAAUUGUCCUCUUCAGUCCUGAUCACCCAGGCUUAGAAAAUGUGGUACAGAUUGAAAAAUUUCAAGAAAAGGCAUAUAUGGAAUUACAGGAUUAUGUAAUGAAAGUAUAUCCGGAUGAUACCUACAGGCUCUCUAGGCUACUUCUCAGAUUGCCGGCCUUAAGACUGAUGAGUGCAGCUAUCACAGAAGAACUGUUUUUUGCAGGACUAAUUGGAAAUGUUCAGAUUGACAGUAUCAUACCAUAUAUUCUACGAAUGGAGACUGCAGACUACAACUCUCAAAUAAUUGGUCAUACUAUAUAAAAAAAAUUAAACCAGUUUCUAUACCAUGGCAAUCGUGGUGAUUUAAAUGUACAUUAUCUCCAAGAGAUAAAAAAAAGUUUUCCUGUGAAGGCAUAGCACAAAAAAAUAAAGGAAGGUGCUAAUUCUUCUUUAGCAAUUCAUUUGGAAAACACAAUGGAAUAUCUUCAGUGGUACAAGUACAGGACUUACCUUUUGUCUGAUUUUCAAGAACUUUGUACAUUUCUGAUAAUUAGUGAAAAUCAAGAAGUGUAGUUCAUCUUAUUUUUGUAGCUUAGCUAUACAUGGAACUUGUGAACUCCAAGCAAAUACACAUAAGUUAACCUUUAAUAAAGAGAAGCUUCAUAAAAACAUUUCAACCUGAUACUAGGACAAAUAAACUUCUUUUCCAAUUGUUCUGGAUUCAGUAUCUUGUUUCUACAAGUUUAUUUUUGUCAGUUUCAUUUCUGCUUUCAUUUCUGAUGAGACAGAGUUUCAAUUCUGGAUAACUCAGCUACUUUUUUCAGAACUUAUUUUUUUUAUUCAGAAACAGGUGAUUUUGGAGUUACUUAAAACAGGGCUUUAUCUCAUGUUAGUGUUCCAAAUCAAUGAUUACAUCUUUUGCAGUAAUUGUUUCGUUCAGAGUUUUUAGCAGUUGCCAGGAUUUCAGAAUAAACAUAAUCCUAGAUAUUUUAUUCACAUCAAGAAUUGUUAUUUCCUAACUCCUGUUAUUUAUAAACACAAAAUAAUUUGUUGUGAUUAUGCUUUAAUAAUGUUUAUCCACAUAUAUCUAGGUAAAUUUGGAAAAGUUUAUUGAAUUUCAUUGUAUGCAAAUCUGUGAAACAACACAUUCAGCCACAUCCAGUAUUGAGCAAUGAUGCUUACACAGUGUUCUCUCCCUCCUUUUCUAUAUCCUUGGGUAUCCCAGGUUUGCUCCUUUAUCUUAAACCCGGAGCAAAUUUGGGAAGAAUAUAGAGAAAGUGAAAGAUGGGAGUAGAAUUUUUCCCUAGAUUGAUUCUGUUCCACCAUCAGAAUUACACUACUGAAUGAAAUUAUCACUUUUAUUGGAAAUGAAUUUAUUAAAUUCUGUGUCCUUUAAGAUUUGUUCCAGGUUUUCAUAAAAGAAUUCAGAUAAAAUUAGAAAAAAAAUCUGAAAAGGCAGUAAGUGAAUAAACAAGUAAACCUUGAUGAAAUAUAUGUAUUGCAUACUAAAUGGUAUGUUCCUAAAUAGCAGUGAUUGCACUAGAAUCCUAAUUAUUUCAUAUUUUAUGUUUCCAUGUUUGAGUUUGCUACUUUGUAUUUUCAGCUUUUGAAAACUUUUCAAAAUGCACUUUUCAGAUUUAUUAAAAGUGUGGUUUUUCCUUA